AUGACCAAGAAAAGGAGGAACAACAGGUGCACCAAGAAGGGCCGUGGCCACGUGCAGCCCACCCACUGCACCAACUACACCUGCUACGUGUCCAAGGACAAGGCCAUCAAGAAGGUUGUCAUCUGCAACAUUGUGGAAGCCGCAGCAGUCAGGGACAGCUCCGAGGCCAGUGUCUUCGACUCCUAUGUGCUGCCCAAACUGUAUGUGAAACUGCAUUACUGUGUGAGCUGCGUGAUCCACAGCAAGGCAGUGAGGAAUCGCUCCCUUGAGGCUCGAAGGGAUUCCAUGCCCCCACCCCAUUCAGACCUGCAGGUGCUGCCCCCAGACCUCCUCCAAAGUUCAUGUAAAGAACUAUCUACCCAUCAACAUUCCUGA